AUGAAGUUUGGACGCAAUCUCCCGCGCAACCAGGUCCCCGAGUGGGCAGCUUCGUACAUCAACUACAAAGGCCUCAAGAAACUCGUCAAAGCUGCUUCUGAAAAGGCAAAGAAUGGAACCGCGGUGGAUCCUGCAGAGCUUUUUUUCGCCCUUGAUCGUAAUCUCGAAGACGUCGACUCCUUUUACAACAAGAAAUAUGCCGAAGCUUGCCGCCGCGUCAGUCUCCUCCAAGACCGCUACGGUCGCAUCCCUGACGUCGUCGCCACCCUCGACGAGGACGAGGUCGAGGAGGUCAUGGGCGCUCUCCUCGAACUCCGCACGCUCUUGCGCAAUAUCCAAUGGUUCGGUGAGAUUAACCGCCGCGGGUUCGUCAAGAUUACCAAGAAGCUCGAUAAAAAAGUCCCUGGCAUUGCCGCCCAGCAUCGCUACAUCUCCACAAAGGUUGACACCAAGCCCUUUGCCAAAGACGGCAGCACCUCCCGUCUUCUUGUCGAGAUUAACCGAUGGCUCUCCGCACUGAGCGAUGCGCAAAACCUCGACGAUGACAAAUCGGAUCGUUCCACCCGCUCUCUCGGUCGCGCUUCUACAAAAGCUAUGCUAAACCUGCCGCAGUCACAGCUCGAUAUUCUCGACCAGGCAGUGCGCGCUGAUGACGACAAGGGUUUGGAUGAGGUCAUCCACAACACUGUUACCCCAUGCGAGCCAUCCUCACAAACACUCAUGCUCAACCUGCUUCAAAGAUCCAUCUCGGCUCGUGCAAAGAAGUGUAUCGUGCUUUUGCUAGGCCUCAUCAAGCAUCUCGACGAGCCCGACGACAUCAAUGGCCGCAACUGUAUUCACCGUCUUAUUAUUCACAUUGGCCGAACAAAGUCCGCCGCCAAUGUUGACGACCGGCCGGUCCCCGCUGGCACGCAGUUCUCUAGCCGACACCUGCAGCCUGCCGUCUCUGCCGCCGUGACUAUCAAGGCCAUCAACACCGAAGAGUCGCAGCUUCUCAGCAAGGACGACGAAACAGUCCAGCUGCUCUUGUUCCUCCUUGACAGUCUUAAGCCUGAGCAGCGCAUUUCUCUGCGCACGCGCGACUCAUUCGGUCGCAUGCCUCUACACUAUGCCGCCCAGGCUGGCUUUGUCGUGCUUUGCCAAAUACUAAUGGCGCGCAUGCAGGAGUGGGACCAGUUCGAUGUCAGUGAUGGGAUUGACGCCUCUGAAUGGCAGGACAGCGAGGGCUAUGCUCCCCUUCACCUGAGUGUCAUCGGCGGCCACCCUCUCACCACCAAGGCUUUGCUGCAAGGCGAAGAUUGGCAAGGUGGUAGCGAUGCGAAACCUGUGCUCAGAAAGACGGUUGGGAAAUCCGGUGCUGUUCUUGCUCUUGCCACCAAGGCGAACUACUGGGUCAUUGUGCAGAUGCUGCUUGAUGCUGGUGUCGAUAUCAACUGGCGUGAUGAGACUGGUGAGACCGCUCUUCACGUUGCUGCUCGCUUCAACCACCGCGAGUGUGCCGAAGUUAUUCUCAAGGGAACGGAUUCUCAGAAAGCAGAUAUGGAGCUGACUGAGAACUCCUACUCCUGGGUACCGCUGCAUGUUGCUGCCGUAGACGGUUCGCUUGCUGUUGUACAGCUUCUCAUCGAGGCUGGUGCGCAACUUUCCACACCAGAUGCCUCGGGCUGGACGGCCAAGGAGCACGCUGCUCUCCGCGGCCACAUGGAUAUUGCGCGACUCCUUGGCUCUUAUACGGAGGAGGAAACCGAGGAACCGCCCAAGCGUCCCGCUGAACAAGGUCUGUCUGCAAGCCCUCCUGAGGCUUCUUCAAUCAAUGGCCGCCGUUCGAAUGGCACUGUUGCAAACGGCCAGGCUCGUCCUGUCGAGUCUGUCAAGACCUUCGGUCAUCGUUAUCUUCGUAACGAGAGCUUGGUCCUGGUCAGCCUCGGUUCUAUGGAUCUGCGCAAGCCUACAGAGGCUGUCAACCUCGACAGCAUUCCACUUGCGGAGGCGCAUAGCACGCAACUCGAUACGGCACUUUCGGUCGUGGUUUCUGCUACUGGAGCAGUUGGCGAUCCCACCAUCAUCGAUUUGCCUGUGCAUGACGGCAUCGCCACGGAGCCCGUAGUCUUUACCACUGGUGAUUCUGAAAAGGUCAAGCUCAUGUUUGACAUCGUCCCGACCUAUUCUGGCAACCAAAAGGCCAAGGUCGGACGCGCUGUUGCUCUUCUUUCAUCUGUUAAGCCUACUAUGGGCUCUGGUCGCAUGAACUUGCAAGGUGAUGUUUGCGUUCCUAUCAUGUCGAGCAGUUUUGAUGUUAUUGGAACUGUGAAUUUCAACUUCCACGUCAUCACACCUUUCCACCACCCCAACAUGGAAAUUACUUCCCGCCAAACCUACUGGAAGAAACUUGAGACAACUAUGCUCAUUGGUCACCGUGGCCUCGGAAAAAAUGCCAGCUCCAACAAGUCUCUACAGCUUGGUGAAAACACGAUUCCUUCAUUCAUUGCCGCUGCCAAUUUGGGAGCUCAAUACGUUGAGUUCGACGUUCAACUUACCAAGGACCACGUUCCUGUCAUCUACCAUGACUUCCUUGUCAGCGAGACUGGUAUCGACGCCCCCGUCCACACACUCACCCUUGAGCAGUUCUUGCACAUCAACCCUGAAACGCGCCACCGAGCUGAAGAGCGGGCGAAGCACGCCGAUUCUAACACGUCUGGUUCUCGUGCCCGCAGUAGCAGCUUUGCACCAAAGCGAUCACACUCGAUGGGCUUUGCUGGCGGCGGCGCUGGCUACGGCGAAAUGGAUGAGCGCAUGAAACACACUCGCGACUUCAAAGAAAAGGGGUUCAAGGCCAACUCACGAGGCAACUUUAUCCAGGCGCCAUUUGCCACGCUGGAGGAUCUGUUUCGCAAGUUGCCAGUGCACAUUGGCUUCAACAUUGAGAUGAAAUACCCGAUGCUGCACGAGACAGAGGAACAUGACAUGGACACCUACGCAGUCGAGCUCAACUCCUUCUGCGACACUGUGCUCUCCAAGGUGUACGAUCUUGCGGGUGAGCGACACAUCAUCUUUAGCUCGUUCAACCCUGAUAUCUGUCUGGGCCUGAGCUACAAGCAACCGUCGAUCCCCAUCUUGUUCCUCACAGACGCCGGCUGCAGCCCCGUCUCCGAUAUUCGCGCCUCGUCGCUGCAAGAAGCCAUUCGGUUCGCAAGCCGAUGGAACUUGUUAGGAAUUGUAUCUGCUGCCGAGCCGCUCAUCAACAGCCCUCGUCUAGUCAAGGUCGUCAAGGAGAAUGGAUUGGUGUGUGUAAGCUACGGCUCAUUAAACAAUGACUCGAUCAUGGUCCAGCGCCAGGUUAAACAAGGCAUUGAUGCGGUCAUUGUCGACAGCGUGUUGGCCAUCCGCAAGGGCCUUACCGCUGGAGAACCGGUGGGUGCUACUGCUGAAGCGUCAUAA